GUUUGAAGUUUUCAGAUGCUGCAAUUCGUUCAGCAGCAACAUCAUGCCCACUUUUAGAGUCUUUGGAUAUGUCAAAUUGUUCAUGUGUGAGUGAUGAAACACUACGUGAAAUAGCCCGCCCUUGUGGUAAUCUCCAUGUUCUUAAUGCGUCAUACUGCCCAAACAUCUCUCUUGAGUCUGUGAGACUACCAAUGUUGACAGUUCUCAAGCUUCACAGCUGUGAGGGCAUAACUUCAGCUUCAAUGGCGGCAAUAUCUCAUAGUUACAUGUUGGAGGUCUUGGAGCUUGACAAUUGCAGCUUAUUGGCAGCAGUGUCGUUGGAUCUUCCACGCCUGCAGAAUAUAAGACUCGUCCAUUGUCGCAACUAUAUUUUGCUGCUCUAACCUCAUAUUGUGGCAGGGGAACUGCUGAGUUAAAUUUUUGGUACACUGUUGUGGACAGUAACUCAUGUUAUUAUAAUGCCUGCAGGUUUGUUGAUUUAAAUUUACGAAGUAUCAUGCUGUCAUCUAUUGCAGUGUCAAAUUGCCCUUCUCUCUUGCGAAUUAACAUCACAUCAAAUUCACUACAAAAAUUAGUGCUGCAAAAGCAAGAAAGCUUGACAACUUUGGGAUUUCAAUGCCAAUGUUUGCAAGAAGUGGACCUUGCAGAUUGUGAAUCUCUAACAAAUUCUAUCUGUGAAGUUUUCAGUGAUGGUGGUGGAUGCCCUAUGCUAAAAUCAUUAGUUCUUGAUAACUGCAAGGUGUGUGUGAACAUAGUUCUUUGCAUUUUGCUGUUUCUGUAGUUUAGUUGAAGUCACUUGUGCUUUGCAUGUUCAAUUGAGGACGUAGCUUUAUAUGAUUUGUUGGGUUUUCAUAUCUUGCUGUGACUGUUUUCUUUCCUUUCAUUCUCGUCUUAAGUUUUCAUUUCUAAUUUAUGAAAUGUAAUUGUUUUUGUUUCUUAAUGGAACUUUUUUUUUUGGUAAACAAUUAAGCAGCCACUUUGAGGAAAUUUUGUUGGAGUUAACGUCUUUUGACAUGUGUCACAUAUUCAUUUUUUCUGUUUCCAAGAACAGUGAACAUUGUGCAAAAAGGUUGUGGAUGUAGAUGUACUAUGUAAGCAUAUCUGCAAAAAAUAUUAUGUUGCUCUUUUUUUUUUUUUUUUUUUGAAGACUUGAAUUUUUUAGUACAGU